AUGCUAUGCUUUAGCUUCCAUUUUGCUCGCAGGUUCCUUUUGGACACCAAGGACCAAAAACGCCAUGAUUGUUCUGACGUUACUGGGGCUGGAAAAGGUAUUGGGUUUGGCAGUGGCGGCGGAUCGAGUGGAGUGGACGUUGGAAUUGGGUCUGCCUCUGAUGGAGUGGGGCCAGUAUCUGGGAGUGAUGGAUAUCGCCUAGGAAAAGAUGGAUCAGGAUUUGGUUAUGGAAUUGCAUUUUACCGCCCUUUCGCUGACUCUUAUUCUGCCAAUGAUGGAGUUGGUACUUCCCCGGGAUCUCCCAGUUAUGGCUAUGGGAUUGGAAUAGGUUAUGGUGGUAGCCGCGACAACACAGUACCAGGAAUCAGUACAGGGUUUGGUCAAAUAAGCAAUGGUUACACCAGCACCACAGCGCUGUGGAGUCCACACGAGGCUGGUGUAGCCAUGGAGCUGUGGAGUCCACGCGAGGCUCACAAGUCCAUUGCGGCCUCAGAGCCAUGGAGUUCGCAUGGGACUCACGAGUCUAUCAUUGCGACCUCAGAGCCAUGGAGUUCGCAUGGGACUCACGAGUCUAUCAUUGCGACCUCAGAGCCAUGGAGUCCGUACAAGAGUCAUGAGUCCAUCCUUGCGGCCUCAGAGACAUGGAUUUCACAUGAGGCUCACCAAUCCAUCGUUGCAGCUACAGAGUCAUGUAGAACAUGGGCACGUUGCUAA